CACACUUCCACGUGUUCCACUCCCUCUUCCUUUCUCGCUUGGGAACUCCAGUCUCGCUUCGGGUUGCAAUGGACCCCAAAUGCUCCUGCGCCGCUGGUGUCUCAUGCGCCUGCGCUGGCUCCUGCAAGUGCAAAGAGUGCAAAUGCACCUCCUGCAAGAAGAGCUGCUGCUCCUGCUGCCCCGUGGGCUGUGCCAAGUGUACCCAGGGCUGUAUCUGCAAAGAGAUGUCAGAGAAGUGCAGCUGCUGCGCCUGAUGUCCGGACUGCCCUGCUGUCAGAUGAAAACAGAAUGACACAUAAUAUCCAGGAUUUUGUUUUCUACAACCCCGACCCAUUUGCUACAUUCCUUUUUCUGUGAAAUAUGUGAAUAAUAAUUAAAGACAGACUUGA